AUGAAGCUCGUGAGGUUCCUGAUGAAAUGCACCAACGAGACGGUGACCAUUGAGCUGAAAAAUGGCACCAUCGUCCACGGCACCAUCGCGUCCGUGUCGCCCCAGAUGAACACAGCCCUACGCAAUGUCAAGAUGACCGCCAAGGGUCAAGAUCCCCUCUCCCUCGACACCAUGAACAUUCGCGGCUCGACGAUCCGCUACUACAUCCUCCCGGACUCGCUCCCCCUCGACACAUUGCUGGUGGACGACGCGCCGAAACCCAAGAACAAGGCCCGCAAGGAGGCGGCGGAUACAGGCGGUCGCGGUGGACGCGGCGGGCGAGGACGCGGCGGCCCACGCGGGCGCGGCAGGGGACGUGGCGGGCGACGAGGCUGA